UAAAAGAUUGCCUGCGUCCGACCCUCUCUCUCAGACGUGCAUUCGGGGAUGUUUGGCGUAGGUGCCCUUGUUGGAAAUGCUAAGGGAUGACUGAGCCACGCGGUCGCCUUAGCGCGACCCCAUGAAGUGCCCUAGUUGACGGGAGGCUGGUGUCAGAGUUUAUGUUCCCCAAAAAGAAAUGAGCGUCCAAGAGAAAAGGAGACGCCAGCCUUGCCUGCGAGUUGGAAACAUCUACGCGCUUUAAGAAUUGCGCUAAAGAUCACUGUCAAGCUUGCGCACCUCUCCCUUUUUGGAAACAUGGCUUAUCACUUGAUGGGAUCCUGUAUUCUGGUUUUGUCUUCUGUCAACCUUCACAAUUUCAGAUAGUGACUCUGAAACAGCAAUCAAGUCCCUUCAGCAACCAGGAAGUGAAAUCAAAUGGAUGUUGGUGAGUACCCCAUGGCAGCAGUUACUUCAUUUCGUUCAUUCAGAGUGAACUGUAACUUGGAAGCCUUCUUUAGAAUGAAGAGGAACAAUUUAUCUGUUGUGAAUAAAUUUGCCCAGUCUUCACCAACAGUGAAACAGCCCAAACUUGGGUUCUACUCUUCUGUCAACCAGACUGUUCUCCUAGACUGGGGGAGUUUGCCUCACCAUGUAGUAUUACACAUUUUUCAGUAUCUUCCUUUAAUAGAUCGGGCCCGGGCAUCUUCUGUAUGUAGGAGAUGGAAUGAAGUUUUUCAUAUUCCUGACCUUUGGAGAAAGUUUGAAUUUGAACUGAACCAACCAGCUACUUCAUAUUUUAAGUCCACUCAUCCUGAUCUCAUUCAGCAGAUCAUUAAAAAGCAUGCUGCCCACCUCCAGUAUGUCAGCUUUAAGGUUGAUAGCAGUACUGAAUCAGCGGAAGCUGCCUGUGAUAUACUUUCUCAGCUGGUCAAUUGUUCUAUCCAGACCUUGGGCUUGAUUUCAACGGCCAAGCCAAGUUUUAUGAAUAUGUCAAAGUCUCAUUUUGUGUCAGCACUUACAGUUGUUUUUGUCAACUCAAAAUCAAUAUCUUCGAUCAAAAUGGAAGACACACCAGUGGAUGAUCCUUCACUGAAGAUUCUCGUGGCCAAUAAUAGUGACACUUUAAGACUCCUAAAAAUGAGUAGCUGUCCUCAUGUUUCAUCUGAUGGAAUCCUUUGCGUAGCAGAUCACUGUCAGGGCCUUAGAGAACUGGCACUGAAUUAUUACAUGCUAAGUGAUGAACUUCUCCUGGCGCUUUCAAGUGAGACUCAUGUUAACCUUGAACAUCUUCGGAUUGAUGUUGUGAGUGAAAAUCCUGGACAAAUUGAAUUUCAUUCUAUUAAAAAACAAAGUUGGGAUGCACUUAUUAAACACUCCCCUGGAGUUAAUGUUGUUAUGUACUUCUUUUUAUACGAAGAGGAAUUUGAGACAUUCUUCAAAGAAGAAACCCCUGUUACUCACCUUUAUUUUGGCCGUUCAGUAAGCAAAGCAGUUCUAGGACGGAUAGGUCUUAACUGUCCACGACUUAUCGAGUUAGUGUUAUGUGCCAAUGGUCUUCAGACUCUUGACGAUGAACUUAUUUGUAUUGCUAAACACUGUAAAAACUUAACAGCCUUGGGCCUCAGUGAAUGUGAAGUUAGUUGCAGUGCAUUCAUCGAGUUUGUAAGACUCUGUGGGAGAAGGUUAACUCAGCUCUCCAUCAUGGAGGAAGUUUUGAUCCCCGAUGAUGAUUAUAGCCUAGAUGAAAUUCACACUGAAGUCUCCAAAUACCUGGGAAGAAUAUGGUUCCCUGAUGUCAUGCCUAUCUGGUAGUUGACUACCAAAGAGUCUUAACUUUUUUUUUUUAAUCAGUAAGAUUGGCUUCUUUCAGUCUAUGCAAAUGUAGAUUUUUAAUAUGCAUUGCUGUAAUAUUUUAGGUAAACUGUGUUAUUGUUUGAAAAAAUAUGAGAAUUUGAAAAGCUAGAAAUUUUCGUAAAUAGAGCACAGAGACUUUGUGGUUAGAUAGUUGAUAUGCUAAAAACUACAGAUGGUUUCUGGGUAAGUUCCUUAGCCUUCCUUGAAGGUAUACUUUGCCUUGCUAAAUACAUUUACAAUAUUGAGCUUUAGACGCCUUAAGCUAUGCCAUUUACAAUUUUAUAUUGUUUUAAUUGUUUCUGUUUCAUCUUGGUAUUAACAUACUUUACAAAAUAUUUAGUAUUAAAAACUAAGAGAAAAAUCAAAACAUAGAUGCAGAGGCUGAUUUAAUUGUACUACACUUUUAGCACUAUAUAUAAGAUCUUAUUAUGAUUUAAUAAAUAACUUUUGAUUUCCGGUACACUUGGAAUUCUACUCUGUUGUAUUAGCUUGGGAGAGAAUUGGCAUUCAGUUAAAAUUAAAUAAUGCUAAUUCAUUUUAUGGAGAUACUGUAUUAUUAACUGAUUAAAUACACUACUGAGAUUAAAAAAAGUAACUUUUUGAAAGUGUGUUUGGGAGGGAGUCAGUAUGUACUGACCUGCUGUGUAUCAGAAACAAUGUCAUAUCCUAUGCAGAAGUGAUCUUACAGUUCAGUCAGUAACACACAAACUCCUUAAUGGCUAUGUAUUGACGUUAGGAUGAAGGUAUAUCUUUAAAAUGAUCUGCGAAAUCUUACAAGGUCUGGCUUCACCCCACUUGGCCCGCAUUUCCCUCCCACCAAGCUGCCUCUGGCCCUUCUGCCCCCAUUCUGUUUCAGGUCCUUCAGACUGCCAUGCACCCCCUAGUCAGAGAGCAUCUGUACAUAUUCUUUUUACUUUGAUGACUGUCUUUGCUCCUUCAGAUCUUCCCUUUAGCUGUCUCAGGGAAGCCUACGUGACUCUCAGCAGUCUGGGACUUCCCUUUGUGGUGCUUAUCACUAUUGUCAUUCGCCACUUACUUGUAUGAUUGUUUUAUUCUAUUGCACUGUAAGCUCCAUCAGUUAUCAGAUUGCUGUUGGGUUUUACUCGCUGCUGUAUUCCCAGCAUCUAGCAUAACAUUUAGCAUCGUAGGCACUCAAUCAAUUUUACUUAACUACUUUCUUUUUCAAACUUGUUGCCUUAAA